GGUCGUCCGGGUCCGCUCGGUAACCGGCUCCCGCGCCCUGCGCGACUCGGGGGGAACAGCCGCGAGCGCGGCGCCGGCCUCGUGCGCUCCCGAGCCCGCAGCGCCAUAGAGAAUGGACAGAGGACUGGACCAGCCAGCAGGCCACAUGUUUGCCAUCCCUACUUUCUUUCCUUUCUUACAGCCCUAUGGCUGGAAGUUACGGAGCAAUGGACGAUGAUGGUUCUAUUGAUUACACUGUUCACGAGGCCUGGAAUGAAGCCACCAAUGUUUACUUGAUAGUGAUCCUUGUUAGCUUUGGUCUCUUCAUGUAUGCCAAGAGGAAUAAAAGGAAAAUUAUGAGGAUAUUCAAUGUGCCGCCUGCAGAAGAAACUUUGUCAGAGCCCAACUUUUAUGACACAAUGAGCAAAAUUCGUUUAAGGCAGCAACUGGAAAUGUAUUCCAUAUCAAGGAAGUAUGACUAUCAGCAGCCACAAAGUCAAGCUGACAGUGUGCAGCUCUCAUUGGAAUGAAAUGGAGAAAACAGCACAGAAGUAGUGAAGCAGUGCAGCAGUCAGCACCACAGCCCUCCACUAAGCCAUGAACCUCAUUUAAAAACUGCUGCCUGCGUAAAGUCAUCUUAUGUGUGACUUUUCCCUGCUUUGAUGUUAGGUUUUGCUCUUUUUUAUUGCUUCUUGCAGUCACUUGUUACACAUGUCCAGAGGCCUGAACACAGAGCCUAUGUGUGCCCAAAAGGAUGCAUUGUGACCAGAGAUGGGCCAUUCCUUGUGAAAAUCUGGUUUCUUCAGGGUAAAUCAGUGAGAAAUUAGAAACAUGUCUUUGGGAGCAAGAAUCCUGGAGCUAUGUCACUUGGUUAAAAUAGUUUUGCAGAAUUAAAAAAUGAAGUUAUUCUAUUGGAAUAACUUUCUCUUAGAUUGUGUUCUGUGUUAAGUGCAACAUCAAUAACAGAUUGAUUUGUGUUCUUAUUAGUGUUAAUGAUUCUUUAAUUGAAUUAGUGAUAUUUGUUUCUUCAGAACUUGUGUAGUGUGCUGUACAACUUAUAAUCUCUCUUUCAUCAUGAAGCAGACCCAUCUGCUAAUUUUAGAAGGUUUCCCCCUUAAUUAUGUCCCCAGGAGUUGUUUUGUUUUGUCUUUACUCCCGGGGUUCUUUGCUAGCAUGGGUUUCUUUAGGUCAUACUGGGGCCCUGCUGUUGGACAAGUGGACACCUCUAUCUUGGUGUUGCCAGCUUAUGCUUCAGUCAUCACUGUCACUGUUUUACGUUACUGUCUGCUUUCUCUGCUUCUUUAGCAUAAGUUUUGCUGAAGACCCUCUUGUACCAUUUGGUACUGUACAAUGAAAUAUUUUUAUAUAGUUUUUCAUGUUUAUCUAAAUAAAAGCUAUUUGGAGGUGGUAACAAGGAAAUUCAGCUACCUGUA